CCUGUUCACCUGGGCCACAGGUGAUAUGGAUGAGCAUGAUAAAGCCGGCCUCCUUCAGUCACCAGUGAUUUUUACCCAGUGAGUGAAGGAGAUUGUAGUGUUUUAUUUUUGACGUCUCUCAGUGACAUCUCCACCAUGGAGGUUACAGACAGUUAUAUGAUUCGGUUUCACCUUCAAGUCAUUUAUGGGAUCACUGUGAGGAGCUUUGAGAAGAGAAAGGAGAGGCUGUUCAUCGCUGGUGCAAAGAUCUUUGGUGUUCCUCUGGAGAAUUUACCCAGGCAGUACAUCCCUGAGUUUGGACUGGUGCCCUGCUUUCUGGUGGAUGCUUGUUCAUUUCUUCUGGAGCGUGCUGGGACUGUAGGCCUGUUCAGAAAACCAGGCUCUCUUCCUCGCAUUAAGACCAUCAGGGCCAAGCUGAACAGAGGAGAGGGGUGUCUGUCCGCGGCCCUCCCCUACGACGUCGCAACGCUCAUCAAACAGUUCUGCAGAGAGCUGCCGGAGCCUUUAUUGCCCUCUGAGCUCCACGCAGCUCUGCUCAAAGCCCAGUCACUGUCCGAACCACAGGACAGGACGUCAGCCCUCCAGCUGCUGUCCUGUUUGCUGCCCGCCAGGAACUCCUCCUGUCUGCAUUACCUGUUCGACUUCCUCUACAAAAUCUCCCAGAGAUGCUCCGAAAACUUGAUGACCAGCUCCAACCUCGCCACAGUCUUCGCUCCGUGUCUUUUGCCGCCUCCCAACAAGACGGAGAUGUCUGAAGGGCGACUGAAACUCCGAGUGCUCGUCCUGCGCACCUUCUUUGAAAGCCCUCACUUAUUCAGUGUGAUUCCUAAAGCUGUCAUGGACAGCAUGGAGUUUAUGCUGCAUUUCAAUCUUCUGAAAGACAUAAAGAGAGGACACAGAAAAAGACACAGUUUGAGAGAGAUGUGGUCUUCGAAGACGGUGCCCUGGAUUCAAGGGAGGUCAAAGGUCAAGCCUACGGUCUCUGAGCUGAGCCAAGAGUCCACCUCAGGAGACAAACCAGGUCUCAGGAGAAGCCUCGGCCUGGAGACUUUCCCCAACGUCCUGCUGUUCAGGACCUGCAUGCCUUGUGCAGAACAAGGUUUCCAACCUGCAACGGAGUUGUUGGACGGUUACAGCCCCGACGGCAAAGAGGCCCCACAAGAAAGACCAGCAAGAGAUCUGCAUUUCCCGAGGUUCACCAGAGGCCACGAUGCAGACGGCUCUCCGGUGCUCACUGGCGUCGGGAAGCUGCAGCUCACGUCGUGGAGAAAACGCAAUUCACUAUAAUACUUUUAAAUAUUAAGAAGUUGUCACGUGGGUCGCCCCACGUUACUGCAGCACUUUAGGUUAUGAUGUCUGAUAGGUUAGUUUAUAUUUAUAAGAUUGUUUAGUUUCUUAAAUAUGAUUUUAAUACAUUUAUGUAUUAGAAUAUUUAUUUCACUGUUGUAUGGAUUAACCUUCACCCUACUUUUAUAUAUACUGUAAGUGAAUAAAUGUUUUUUUCAUAUUUUUUUUCACUUUUUACCUGCCCAUGUUAUAUAUUUCAUAUUAUAGGUGUUGGUAGGUGAUCCAAACUCAAAGUGCCAAGAAUCUACAUAUUAUUAUAUAUAUUUUUAAAGUGCAUAUCGGUGGAAGAUU